GGAGGAUUGCGAGGAUGGGAGCAGUGUUUGGCAAGAUCAGCGAGGAAACGCCUCAUUUUGUGAGUCUGGGACGCAUUGGCCCUAAUGGAGACAUCGAAAUCCGCCGCUACGACCCUCUGUACACGGCGUCCGUGUCGUCUGAGGACAUUCCUACUACUACGACGAGGGCAGAAUUCACUCGAGCGGCGUUUGGAGCCCUUGCGCGAUACAUCGGCGUGUUCGCAGAGCCGCAAAACAAGCCUCGUUCGGGGGAAACUGGCCCUGGAGAAGCCAUUUCCAUGACCGCUCCGGUUAUCUUAGCGUCAGCCGAGAAUGCCGAGGCGGACGGAGGGGAGCCCAUUGCCAUGACCGCUCCUGUCGUGCUAUCCGCUGACCGCGCGGACGACACCAUGAGUUUCAUCCUUCCGUCCAAGUUCAUCAAGGAAGGUCACGAGCCGCCCAUUCCGCUGGAUUCGAAGGUGCGCAUCGCGAAGCUCCCUUCGCGCGUGUUGGCCGUGAAGGUGUUUUCUGGUGAACUCACCAAGGACAUUGCCCAAGUGGUGGCGUCCGAAGUGGUCGGCGCAUUGGAACUCGAAGGCAAGUACACUAUCAAGCGAAACAAACAUGGCCUUCCAGCGUGGGAGUACAUGGGGUACAAUGCGCCGUUUACGUUGCCUUGGUGCCGGACGAAUGAAGCUGCGGUGCUCUUGGACGACGUGGCUGAACUCCCAACUAACUAAGUAAAAGGGCCAUACCAUGUUGUAGUUCAAAGUAGCUAGGGUAAUAUCUUAAGGUUUUAUUUGUUUUGCGUCACUACAACUACUAACGUAUCUACGAGUCUUGGCGCAUGGACUGGGUCAGUUUGCCCCAGUUCAAGAACC